CUUGCACUUUGCGGAAGACAUCGUCAACGUUGGUGUACGGUCCAGUAGUUGUUCAACAUUUAACGGUUAAUUUAUCGGUCGGCCAAUUGUACGAUGAGGUGGCCUUUUAAGAGUAAAGAUACAUAGUUUUCAGUUAAAAUCUAUUAUUAUGUCGGAGAAUAAGAGUAAGGAAGAUGCCACGAUGGAGGGUUGUCAAGAAGGGGGCGAAGAGGAAGGUAUGGCUGCCGAGAGGGUCGAAGAGAAGGUCAGUAUUCAACAAAUUCUCGAGGGUAUGACGAAUGAAUUUAACAAAAGCGUCAGUCCCGUGAAAAGCGGAGAAAUUAGCCGAACAGAGAAAUCGGAUCAUGAGGAGAUUGAAAAACCGGUAACGAUUAUCGAUGAAAUGCCAGCAAUUGAAAAAGAAUCUGCUCGCGAUAAGGACGACGAAGUUGCUUCGACGAAACAAAAUAUCGUGGAAUCGACGUUAACAGAGGAGAAUCAUAAGGAAGAUGAGAGUACUGGAAAACAGGAAAAUUUUAAAAAAGAUAAUGGAAUUCCGCGAAUCGUCCUUACAUUCAGGACUAUCGACGAAAAUACCGACCAUGGUAAAAAAACAAAGAUAUCAAGCUGUUCUUCCAAUCUUACUCUAGUUCCUGAUGAAUUGGUAAAUUGUGAUCAAAUUGGCGGUGUCUCUGUCAAGAUCGAAAACUCUGAUGAGAAUUCCGACACUGUGGAAAAGUCAGAUUCAGAGGAAGGUAAAACAGAAGGACCGGUUAAAGAAUCUGAGAGCAAAGAGCCAGAGAAGAGUGCAGAAGAGGCAAAAUCACCAAAGGAAAAUGUGGGAGAGACACUGGAGGAGGAAAAAACCACUGCUUCCAAUGAAAAAACAAAGACUGAUGAAGCUGAUACUUCAACAGAGCCUACAGAACAAGCAGAUCAAGCAGAUGGCACAGCUCCAGUUACAAGGAAAAGAAGAACAGGACGACCUAGAUUAAGAGCACUUAGCGAUCACACUGAAGAACCUCCAGGUCCUAAACGCUCUGCAAGAAGAUUAUGUAAAGAAACACUGAAGAGUACUGUAUUAGAAAGUGCAAUGGCAAGAAAAGAGAAAUCUAAUUAUACGGAAGAAAAUUUACAGUUUAAAAAACAGAGGAAGUACAACAAACCAGGGAGACCUAAAAAGGUGGUUCAAGGGAAAGAUCAGAAUAAACAGUUGCAAGUUAAACCUCCUGACAUACGUCAGGAAGCAGAGGCUUCUAUUUCAGAUGGAAACAUCACUAUUACCGAGGUAAACUCAACAUUAGAUUGUUCUAGAAAUAUUACCAUAUUAGAGAAUAGUGCAAAUGAAACAGUCCUGGAUGAAUCUCAAAAUUUUUCAUCCGACUUUGAUGGUAUGCCAAAAUUAUCUCCUAUGAUUAAAAGCUCAGAGUCACAAAUAAAACUGAGCAAUUCAAUUAGUAGUCCCACAAGCGAUGAUAUACCUUUAGCAGAUAUAGAAAAGCCAUUUCUAAAGCCUGCUACUGGUAGACCUAAGAGAGAAAGGGGAAGACCUAGGGGAAGUCAAGCUGCAAGAAAAAUAGCAAAGGCAGAUUCAUUUGAAGAAGGCACUGUACCUGCUAAAAGAACAAGGAGAAGCAUGGCUCCAAGUCCAAGUCCUGCCGAAGGGCAAGCUUCAAAACCAGAGUCAACAGCCAUUAUGAGUGAAACGUAUAGUCAAUCAAUGCUAUGCUUAUGCCAAGUAAGAUCUCAGCUGUAUGUAACAAUAACUGGUUCUGGGGCACCGUUAUAUUGUACCGCAAUAGAUUCUAUCGACAAUAGGUUAGUAGGAUGUUGCAACGAAGUCGAUAGCAACGAUGUAGCGAUGAGAAGACCCAGUACUCGUGUUCCUUUUAUCAUUUUAUGUCGAAUGCACAAAGAAAGGCUUUUAAGGCAUAAUUGUUGCCCUUCGUGCGGGCUGUUUUGUUCACAAGGAAGAUUUGUGCAAUGUAUCAACGGUCAUCAGUAUCAUCGAGAAUGUGAAAUUUAUCCGAAUAAAAAAGGAGUAUGUCCACACUGUGGAAACGAAAGUACGGUAUAUGAUGUAAUGGUCACCAUGGGUGGCUUAAGGAAACCUGUAUUCAUUCCAACUCGUAAGAAAUUUUCGAAACUGCCUUCUGCAAAGAUGAGUUUACCAGGGAAAGGUGACAAUACGAAACUAGCCGAGCGUCCUCCUAGUCCUUUGAUUCAGGCGGACAUCAUUAAAAUACCCGAGCCGUCUGUUAAUUCGGAGAGACCUGAACGUUACACUAUCAUGAGUCUUUACACGUCCGUGAAAAACGGGGAUUUAGAAAAAUUAGUUAAUGUUUUAGCAUGUGGAUAUAAUGCAAAUCAUACAUUCCGAGAUUAUGUUCAUCGAACUGGCCUUCAUAUAGCCGCGGAUAAAGGUCACUUAUCUUGUGUACAUGUGUUAGUACAAGCUGGGGCUCAAUUGGACGUAAUGGAUAGAAAUCAAUUAACACCUUUAAUGUUAGCUGCUAGCAAGGGUAAAGCUGAUGUGGUAAAAUACUUGAUCAGGAUAGGUGCUGAUGUUACGUUGAAAGGUGAAGAUGGUAUGACCGCUUUGCACAUGGCUGCAAAAUCCGGUCAUUUAGAAGUCUGUAGAAUUAUUUUAACCGAAUGCAAAGCGCCGAGAACUUUAGUAGAUUCUGUGGACGAUGGUGGAUGGACUAGUUUAAUAUGGGCUUGCGAAUUUUGUCAUACCGACGUGGCACGAUUUUUGUUAGACAAAAAGUGCGAUCCUCUGAUUCGAGAUGCGGAGCAAAAUAUAGCGUUACAUUGGAGUGCUUUUAGCGGAAGUUCAGAAAUUACAGAAAUGCUGCUUAACGAAGGUUGCGACGUGAAUGCAGUCAACGUUCAUGGCGAUACACCUUUGCAUAUAGCUGCGAGGCAAGAUCAGUAUGCGGUUAGCGUUCUUUUAUUAGCUCGCGGUGCUAAGAUAGGAGAAGUGAACGCUGCGGGAGAAACGGCGGUAAAUUGUUGUACGAACGAUGGCGACACAAUGUCUGCGUUAAGAUUAAAUGCCAAAGUGAACGAACUUUCUGAACAUAUGUGGGAGAAAACAGUAAAAAUAUUAACAAAUGAUAUUUCACGUGGUAAGGAAACGAAUCCGAUACAAUGUGUUAAUGGGUAUGAUUCGGAAGAUAAACCAACAGAUUUUUUGUACGUGACUGAGAACUGUUUUACUAGUAAUAUUAAUGUUGACCGUACGAUAACGUCUUUACAGUCUUGUCGAUGCGAAGAUAAUUGUAAUUCAGAAAAGUGUUUGUGCGGAAAUAUAAGUUUGAGAUGUUGGUAUGACGAAGAGGGGAAAUUAAUCCCUGAAUUUAAUUAUGCAGAUCCUCCGAUGCUAUUCGAGUGCAAUCCAGCGUGCGAUUGCAAUCGUAUAACGUGUAACAAUCGCGUUGUUCAACAUGGUCUGACACAAAGGUUUCAAUUGUUUCGAACGAAAGGUAAAGGAUGGGGCCUUAGAACGUUACGACAUAUUCCCAAAGGUUCGUACGUUUGCGAAUAUGUCGGCGAGAUCAUCUCGGAUUCUGAAGCGGAUCAUCGGGAAGAUGAUUCUUAUUUGUUCGAUUUAGACAACAGAGACGGAGAGACAUAUUGUAUCGACGCGAGACGUUACGGAAAUAUUGCUCGUUUUAUAAAUCAUUCUUGCGCACCAAAUCUCUUGCCAGUGCGAGUGUUUGUUGAGCAUCAGGAUUUGCACUUUCCUAGGAUAGCAUUUUUCGCGAACCGCGACAUCGAGGCAGAUGAAGAGCUCGGCUUCGAUUACGGAGAGAAAUUCUGGAUAAUAAAAUGCAAGUCGUUCACGUGUACCUGUGGAGCCGAAAACUGCCGAUAUUCCGAGAAGACUAUACAAGUUACUUUGGACAACUACCGCAGAAAAAUACAGCAAGAAGAAAUGCUGGCAGCUCAAUCGUCGUAAUC